UGGUAUUUAAUGGCUGGCAGUGGGCGGGCCCCCGCAGUCCGUGGGUUCCUCGGGAGCAGAAAGAAUAGUCUAUCCCUGGCCGCGGUUCCGGGAGAGGCGGCAGGCACGAUGAGUUCCGGCACCCCGUACAUCGGCAGCAAAAUCAGCCUGAUCUCCAAGGCCCAGAUCCGCUAUGAGGGAAUCCUCUACACCAUCGACACCGACAACUCCACCGUGGCCCUAGCCAAAGUGCGCUCAUUUGGAACUGAAGAUCGACCCACUGACCGUCCAGCCCCUCCUCGAGAAGAGGUUUAUGAAUAUAUCAUAUUCCGGGGCAGUGACAUCAAGGACAUCACUGUGUGUGAACCCCCCAAGGCCCAGCAUGGUUUGCCCCAGGACCCUGCCAUUGUCCAGUCCUCUUUGGGCUCUGCCCCAGCUGCAUCCUACCAGUCAUCCGUGCCUUACAGCCCAUUCCGAGGCAUGCCAACCUACAGCCAGCUUGCUGCCACCUCCCUCCUCAACCAGCAAUAUGCUGCCUCACUGGGUUUGGAUAAGCUGGUGAGUCCCCCGGCAUCAGCUGCGGCAUCCAGCGCCUGCUCGUCCCCCUCACCGCAGCCUGCAAUGCCAGAGCCGGAUAUCGUUGCCGAUCCUGUACACCUCUCUUCAAAGGCAGCUGGCUUUCCCUCAAUACCAGUAAGGAAAAGCCCCAUGGUAGAGCAAGCUGUUCAGACUGGCCCUGUUGAAACUUUGGCCCAAAAGAAGUUGCAGCUGGGAAAGGGGCCUCCUAUUGGCCAACUUGGAAACAGACUGGGUCCAAUGCCAAGCCAGCCUGUGCCAGUGAAUGUUCCUCAACCCACAGCACCAACUCCAGGGGCGAUAAAUGAUGAGAAUAGGCGACCCCCAAGGCGAAGAUCAGGUAACCGGCGAACAAGAAACAGAUCUCGUGGCCAGACCAAACCUACCACCGUGAAGGAAAACGCUAUAAAGUUUGAAGGAGACUUUGAUUUUGAAAGUGCAAAUGCUCAGUUUAACCGUGAGGAACUGGACAAGGAGUUUAAAGAUAAAUUAAACCUGAAAGAGGACAAGCCGGAGAAAGAGGGCGAGGAGAAGGGAGACUCUGGAGUGGAAACGCAAAACAGUGAUGGCUCUCCAGAAGAAGAUCCUCUGGGACCAAAUAUUUACUAUGACCGGUCAAAGUCUUUCUUCGACAACAUCUCUUCAGAGAUGAAAUCCAGACGCACUACAUGGGCAGAAGAGAGGAAGCUGAACACUGAAACAUUUGGAGUCUCUGGCAGAUUUCUCCGGGGCCGAAGCUUCCGUGGUGGAUUUCGCGGUGGUAGGGGAAGCGGUGCUCCUCGCAGAAACCAGACUACGCAGAGGGCUGGGACCGGGAGAGUGUGACAACCGGGGACAAAAUACUAUCUGCAGAUGAACUUGUCUUCCAUAUUUUCCCUUCCCGACGCAUUGUAGCAAAUUGUUAUGACCCAGUGGCAUGUCUCCAGUACUGGGUGUGGGAACCUGUGUGGUUAGGAGGUAGACUGAUGGUCACACUUUAGGAAGCAGCUGGUGGAUGAGCAGCUGGAUUUGAGCCCCAAACUAGUGAUUUGUGGCAGAACCUCAAACCCUGAACUUUUUAAGUUGCAUUUUUUUUUUUUUCAGUGGCCAGCUUUUAGUGGUGGGAGUCUUACUCUGCUGGAGCCCAUAUGAUCUCCCUCCUGUGCCCAGAGUGCUAGUAUCUUAAUUCUAUACUGCCACUCAGGAGAUUUGUGUUUUUGUUUUUUUUAAAUGGUGCAUAAGCAGUACCUUGGGUGGUGGGUUUUAAACACCCUUUCUUUUCUUUAUGAGCACUUGUUUUCAGUAUCGCCAGGUACAAAAAGCAAAGCCACCUGGGUGGAGACAAAUAUGUAUAUAUAACCAAAACUCUGACUACUGCUGAUCAACCAUAUCGUGCUGACUUGUGAUGCUUCUUACAGCACACAAAGCUGGGCUAUUCCUGCCAAAAUAGCUUAGGCCUGUAAGAGAACAAGGCAAAAGCUUGCAUGAGAGGGUGAAUUCAAGUAAUUUUUCUUUGUCUUGUCUUGGAUUUCUUUGUUUUUGCGAAAUAAAAUGCACUUAUCCGGUAUUGUCAAUGACCCCAAAUGACAAUUUUUAAGUUAUGCAUUAAAUAAGUUAAAAUUAAGUGUCUUUAUUUUUGUAGAAGUCUGGUGGAAUAAACCAGUAGCCACGGGGAUGUGAUGUAAAUUGUAAUCUGACAAUAAACCGAAAAAUGUUUAA